UCGUUAGCCGGCAGGAAAAUCUAGAUUAAGCUCGGGCCUUCGACUUUGGUUUCUGAUCUCCGUCUUGUUCUUUUUUUUGUUUCUAUUCGCAAUCCGUUCAUGCGUAAUUAUCCGUCCUUUCGCCCCUCCACGUACGAUGUACGAUACGCAAAAAACGAAUCGACCGAUCGCCAUCGACCAUCGACCAUCGACCGAACCGUAUCGAAAAAUCAAAGGCAACCGGAGAGGAAGAUCGAGGGUAGGGCGUCCCAAAAGGACUCCGCGGAGAAUCCCGAGUUUAUGAAGAGGCAAGAACAGAAGAGGAGCGAUUUGGACGAUCAGCUGAAGGAAUACAUCGCGGAAUGGCGGAAGCAGAGGGCCAAGGAAGAGGAGGAGCUGAAGAGAUUGAAGGAGAAGCAAGCGAAGCGCAAGAUCACUCGCGCGGAAGAGGAGAAGAGAUUGGCUCAGAUGAAAAAGGAGGAGGAGGAACGUCGCCAACGUGAAAUCGAGGAGAAGAAACAGCGCGACAUGGAGGAGAAGAGAAGGCGUCUCGAGGAAUCGGAAAAGAAACGCCAGGCUAUGAUGCAAGCUAUGAAGGACCAGAGCAAGAAGGGUCCCAAUUUCACCAUCACCAGGAAAGAUUUGGCAGGUAACCUGACGUCGGCGCAACUGGAGCGCAACAAGACGAAGGAGCAGCUCGAAGAGGAGAAGAAGAUCUCUUUGAGCAUUCGCAUCAAACCUCUGGAGGUCGAGAAUCUGUCCAUCGAGAGACUCCGGGCGAAAGCCAACGACCUUUGGGACACGAUAGUCAAGCUGGAAACCGAGAAGUACGAUCUCGAGGAGCGGCAAAAGCGUCAAGACUACGACCUUAAAGAAUUAAAGGAACGUCAGAAGCAGCAGUUGAGGCACAAGGCUCUGAAGAAAGGUCUCGAUCCCGAAGCCCUUACCGGCAAGUACCCGCCCAAGAUCCAAGUCGCCUCGAAAUACGAACGUCGAGUCGAUACCAGGUCCUACGACGAUAAGAAGAAGCUCUUCGAGGGUGGCUAUGACACGCUUUUAGCGGAGGUCAACGAGAAACUUUGGAAACAGAAAACGGAACAGUUCAUGAAGCGCACCAAAACGAAGUUGCCGAAAUGGUUCGGCGAGAGGCCGGGCAAAAAGGCUGGAGAUCCCGAGUCUCCGGAGGGCGAGGAAGACGUGAAGGCUGCGGCUGAGGAUGAAGAUUUGGAGGAACCACAGUUCGAGGAAGAAGAGGAAGAAGAAGAGGAAGAGGAGGAAGAGGAGGAGGAAGAGAAGAAGGGAGGCGCUAAGAAGGACGAAGAAGAAGAGGAAGAAGAGGAAGAGGAAGAGGAGGAGGAGGAAGAAGAGGAAGAGGAGGAAGAAGAAGAGGAGGAGGAAGAGGAGGAAUAAGCUUAUCCUCCUUUGAACGAGUACACAGGCGCCUGAACGAGACCCGCGAGUUCGAUCGAUUCGAUCGGUCGACCGAAAUAACGAAACAACUUUCGGACCAUCGGACGGACAUAGUCGUGGCGGCAGCGGAGACGACGAUGGCGCGCGACCGCGGUCGGAAUCUCGUCGCCGUGGGCUGGCUCUUCGCUUCCGGCUCCUCUUUCGUCGCGCGUCGUCGUCGUCGCGUCGAGGCGAUCGCGAAAAGAACGGUCACGCGUCUUCUCCUCGCCCACGACCGAGCCUGCGACGGCGAGCGUUCCGUCGCGACGAAACGCGCUUACCACUUCUCGGCUGUCCUGCCACCGCUACUCAUACCAUUCGUUGCUCGUAAUACUUAAUUGCUACUAUUAUUCUUAUUAUUAUUAUAUUGUACAAAAUACACGCACACAUUAUUAAAAUAAAAAGGAAGAAGAUCGAU